CUCGAAUGGCAAAAAGGCGCCAAAUUUCACGUUCUAAAAUGAAUCAGUCUUUCUUCUCCUUCCCGGUUCUUGUUCAUUCUUGGUUUCAAUCUCGCAUCGCUCUUCCAUGCGACAAUUCUGGGCAGGGCAACUGCUCGUGUCCAUCACACUGCUGGCACUGGCGGCAUUGGCGCUCGCCCAAGCGACAAACCCCAUCGUGACGGAAAAUGCAAAGCAAGGCACUUCCGCCUGGCGACUGACCAAUCCUGCGAUGAAUGGCGAAAUCGAAGGCUACUCAUCGAGCCCCAGCGUGGCACAUAGCCAGACCUUGUGGUUUUACGUGAGCACGGCAGAGCGUACGUUUACCGCCGAAAUCUUCCGCUUGGGCUACUAUGGCGGCGCCGGUGCUCGCUCCGUUCAGGCCUCCAGCACCUUCACUACGUUCAAGCAAGCCAACUUUGUCAACCUGGAUCCUGCAGUCGGCUUGCUCUCCUGCCCCUGGGUCCGCACCUUCUCAGUGACCAUCCCAAACGGCUGGGUGUCUGGCUACUUUAUUGUCAAGCUCACAUCCAAGCCAUCCGGCAAGCAGACAUACAUUCCGUUCACGUUGCGCGACGAUUACCGUCGUGCUCAGUACUUUAUCAUGUCCAGCUCGCACACGUAUCUGGCAUACAACGAUUACGGCGGAAAGUCUGCGUACGACUUUAACAGCAACAAUGCCCGUUCCUACAAGGUCACGUACGAUCGACCCUACGCCACCACCAUUGGUGUGAUUCCUGGCUCAAGAAACGUCUCUACAGACUAUGGCGUUGGCAGCUCGUUCAUCCUUGGUCCUCGUGCUGGCUGGGAGUACGCGUUUGUUCGUUUUGUCGAACAAGAGGGCUACGACGUGAUGUACUUUGACAACCAAGAUCUGCACAACGGGUACGCGAUUGCGCCCCCGCGAUUUCGCACUGGCAUUAUUGUGGGACACGACGAGUACUGGUCGAAUGAAAUGCGCAAUGCCGUCGAGGCGGCGCGCAACCAGGGCUUGAGCUUGGCCUUCUUUGCAGCCAACGUGUGCUUCUGGAAGGUCCGCUUUGAGCAGAGCCCGACGUCGGGCCAGGCCAACCGUGUCAUGGUGAUUUACCGCGACGCAGACAAAGACCCCUACUUUAACACUGCCAACAGCAACAUGGUUACCACCCGUUGGCGUUGGGAUCCCAACCCGCGCCCCGAGAAUAUGCUGCUGGGCGUCAUGUACAACUACGACCCCGUGGUUGAUCAGCCUCUCGUUGUGGCGGACGGCCUGCAUUGGAUGUUCAAGGGCACGAGUCUGCGCACUGGCUCCAGCAUUCCUGGUCUGCUUGGCUACGAAGUCGACGAGACGUUGGGCUCCACACUGCCCAAUCUUCGCGUCGUCUUUGAGUCGCCCUACACCUUCAACGAAACCCAGCUGGUUCGCAACUCGCACGGCGUCAUGUCGCGCAUGCCCAACGGCGCAUUCACCUUUGCCACGGGCUCCAUCCAGUGGGCCUGGGGCUUGGACAAUGACUUGGUGACGCCGAAAGAACGCCGCCUGUACAUGAACGACGACAUCAAGCAAAUCACCCGCAACAUUCUCGCCGUCUUUGCCGACCCUCCCGCGCCCGGACUGGAGCCACUCAUGUCUGCCUACAAUGUCGUCGCGAACGACUGUCCCUCGGCCACGGGCGGUCUCGUUCUCAACACAUUCAGCUCGGGCUCGCUCGUGGCGAACGACCUCGGUCGGGCCAUGAACGACGACGGCACCAUGAGCGCAAGCGUGGCUGGAGGCCGGUUGUCCCUGACUUCCACGGCAAACGGCUACUGGUACUCGAUGCUUGGCAACAGCGGCGGAACUUGCUUUGACGGCUCCCUCUACAAUGCCUUGACCCUGACCGUUCGAGCGCCGCCUGGGACUGACUUUCAGAUUCAACUGCAAUCGCGCGACAGCUCUUGCAUGAAUACCGUCACGUCGAUCGUUUCAGCAGCACAGUACGCUCAGACGCAGGGCGGGUGGAGUGCAUCCGCUGAUCGCAGGUUUAUCAUCCCGUUCGGCGCCUUCCCCAACCUGGCGCCUGGCAAGCUGACGGCGCUCGUCCUUGCCAAAGUCACUCCUGUGGGCGCCACUGUCUCUAUCGACGACGUAAUGCUGACCUCGUGCGCCAGCAUGGGCGAGAGUGGACCCAUCUCCCAGCCACCGGUCGAUAAUCCGCCCCGCGUUUGCAGCUCAAGUGCGCUCGCAGUGGACACGUUUGCGAAUGCCAACAUGGAGAUGAAUGAUCUGGGCUUGUACACUUCCGAUGACGACACCAUGACAGCCAUGUCGCUGAGCAGCGGCCAGCUGCGCCUGACUGCGCCCGACCCUGGCGCGUACUGGUACACCCUGCUGGCCAACGCCAAUCAGUGCCGCGACAUGUCCAGUUACGCUGCCAUCCAAUUCUCCAUCCAAGCCCCCGUCGGAACCAAGCUCAUCUUGCAGCUGCAGUUCCGGAAUGACCGCUGCAAAGGCUGGGAAGGCUCCAGCGAGCUCCAGCUCGCAGGCUUUACCGGUGCGCAGCAGACUAUUCGCGUCCCCUUCACCGACUUUGACACGGCAGUGCCUGCGUCUCGUCUGUUUGCCGUGUCAGUGUUUGGUUUGAGUGGCAGUCCUGCGCCCAUCAGCAUUUCGCUCGACGAUCUGGUAUUUGCCUGCUAGGAGAACGCGACUUGUAUACUUUUAUCGAUACAGCAUGCUUGCAUCUUUCC